UAUAUUCUUGCAUACCAAGAACAUUUAAAAAAAAAAACACCCCUCAGAAAACUCUCUAUGAAUUAUUAGCCUAGACUAAGAGCUAAUUUAUAUACUUAAUUAAAACUCUUAACAGGCAAAACUGGGUUGAUUGUGAAUUGUUUGGUUAAGGAAUGAUUAUUUACCACCUUUUAUACAGUGUUCAAAAUAGAUGGGGCUCUAGCCUGGUUGAGGUCUUAAGCCACUACUAAAUAAAUCAUUAUAGGGUAUGUGAAGAGUGGAGAUGUAUAUGACUGGUAAUCAGUAUAUCUCUCCAUCUCUUCCUAUCUGUUUUACAGAUAGAGCUGACACACAUUGGGUCUUUUCAACCAGUUUCCUUCUUGACCAUUUAUUUAAGACACCCUUCAAAUAGCCUACAACUUUAUGCAAGGAGAGCUGGGAAAAAUAUGCUGCGAAAAUACACUUUUUUAAAAAAGACAAGAGGAACUUAAAAGUAGAGGAAUGGGUAAGAGGUCAGUAGUCACAGUAAAUAUCCAUCCUUAGCUUGCCAUGUGAUUACAGCGGAAGAGGAUUAGAUUUCACUUUGACUCUUAGUCUGCAAUUCAAGACUCUGGAAAAACUGGUUAGAAUAGAAAGAGCCUUGCAUAGAAUUGAGAAGUUGGAAAGCUGAUACUUUGUUCUACUUUAUUAGUUAUUAGAACUGGUAACUAUUUAUUUCUAGCUAUGUUACUUGGGCUCUUGAAAAAUAGGGUAACUAGAGAGAUCCAGUCGCUUCAGGCACAAUGUUACUUUGCUGUGGAGAAAAUGUUUGAUGUCUUUGAAAACGUGCUGAUGAUUAGAAUUGUCUUGCUGGUCUGAGAGCACUAAUAACAAAAUUAAAAAAAUAGUAAUAGUUCUGUAAGGCCCUAUCUUUGCUACCAUUAGGAUUUAAAGCUGGCUAUCCUUGUUUUUCUUCAGUUAUUUGUGAAAUUAGGCCCCGACUUCCAUUGAAACUCUCUUAGGCUUCUGAACUGAGAUUUUCAAAGGAGCCUAACUUCUGAGCUUUUAUUUUUUUGAAAAUCUUAACCAAAGGUUUAAGUUACUUGGUUAAGAUCACCAAUCAAAUUAAUGACACAGUCAUAGUAGAACUCUCAACUCCUGGAGUAACCAGAAGCACUUCCAUUCCUGCUCACCUCUUCACAGUAUCAGAAAUAAAGUGAGGGAAGUGGUGGUACUCGGUGAAACCAAUGGCUCCUUUCCACAGCAGCGCUUUUCUCUUAGUGGCAAGUAAAGUCCAGAUUUUCAAGCAGUUAUUGAAGAACUAUCACAAGUGGAGAGCUGAGUGCCCAGAAUUAAGUGCAAAUUUACAGCCUUGCUCUAUUCUCAAUCUCCUGCAUGCUGGUUACCAUGGAGUCCUGAGAUCAAGGGACCCACGUGGCAGCAAAGUUCUUAUUUAUAGAAUUGGACGAUGGGAUCCAAAGAUGUUUACAGCAUAUGAUGUGUUUCGUGUAAGCCUUAUCACAUCAGAGCUCAUUGUAAAAGAGAGAGAGACACAACGGAAUGGAGUCAAGGCUAUCUUUGAUCUUCAAGGGUGGCUAUUUGCUCAUGCAUUUCAAAUCAGCCCAACAGUGGCCAAGAGGAUUGCUGCUGUGCUCACAGAUUCCUUUCCAUUAAAAGUUCGUGGCAUCCACUUGAUUAAUGAGCCUUUAUUCUUCCACCCGGUCUUUGCUCUAAUUAAGCCCUUUCUCACUGACAAAAUAAAGGAACGGGUGUAUAUGCAUGGGAGUAAUUACAUACAGAGUCUGACGCAACACUUCCCAGCCAGCAUUCUCCCACAGGAAUAUGGUGGGGAGGAUGUUUCCAUUGAAGACCUUUCCCAAGAGUGGACUGACUUCAUAAUGGAAUCUGCAGAUUACCUUCAGAGUAUUUCUCUGGUUUUCCAGUGAAGCAACCAUUUAAAAAGUAACCUCUUGGUACUGAGGCAAUUCAAUAAAACAGAGCUACAGUUAAUUCCUAGUAUUAUGAUUGCAAGCCAGAAUGAACUUCAAUCAGAAAUUUUUUUAUAUAGAUUUGUCAUUACUUUAAAGGGACCUGUGUAAAACUUCUGGUAGAUCAUUGUUGAGGAAGAAAUGCCCCAUUUGCUGCAUUUUUAUAUUUGCUUGGAGAGGAAAUCAAGUAGAAUUACAUCUCAAUUAGAGUUGCAUCUCAGAACUAAAGGAGAGAUUCAUGAGUUUGAUAUUUAGAGGGAUAAUAUGCAAUACUGUUUGUAACAGAUUAUAUAUGUGCCCAAAGGCUGGAUAGUGCUGCAUGUAGGAUACUUCAGAGAACAAUACUCCUCUCGAUAUGUUCUCAUGGAACUCCAGUCUGUGAGGACUCAAUACAAACCAUAUGCUCAGCUCUUGCAUUGUAGCUGCUCAAGUUGAUGCACUGACAUAAAGAGCGAAAUGAUUUUGAGAGCUGCAGGGCAAGUCUGUUUUGGAGUUAGUCAUUUGGCUUGGAAGCACAUUUGUACAAAGUAGUGAUUUUUUUCUUAAGCCUAAUGUUAGCAGGGAAUGGGACUGGAUUUCCAGUCAAUUCGCAUAGCUGAGCUUGCACUUUGGAUGAAGACUGGUCAGCAGUGGUGGCACAUUGCUGUGCCAGCGGCUGCUAUGAGCAGAACAUAUCCAUAUUGGCAUUUAAGAUAGUAAGCUGCUAACAUUGUAAAGGGAUAUUCAAAUUGGAAACUAUUAAAAGACCAUAUGAAUCACAAAGAGAAGGGGGGCAAAUGGAUUACCUUAACUUUGAAAAAUAAUUUUUCUUCCCCUGGCAACAAGUGUUCUGUUUAGAUAAGUUACAAGGCAGCUCCUGUGAAGUGCCAAACACCCUUAACUCCUACUGUGAAGUCCUGUAGAGGUAAAGGGUGCUUAGAAACACCCAGGACUGGGAUGUUUGAGGGGAAGAAAGUAGGUCUCGCUUCAUGGACUUGACCAUAGAAAUAAAGGUGUCAUGUGGUUUUAGUAUUCUCACUGAAUACUGCUGCUGUUAGAUGCCAAGCACCUUCCUUUUUAUUCCAAGAGAUGCUAAGGGUAUUUAACAUCUCCUAUGCCUGGACGUUUUGCUAAGCACUGUCAGAAAUUUUUUACUUAAAUGUAUUUGAUAUUGACCCUGAUGCCUCUUCAGCUAUUAUAGGCAAUUGAAAACUUUCCCGAUGUCUUUACUAAAAGCGGUUCUUAAAGGGACACAACCAGAUACAAAUUGUAUCUUUUUAAUAAAACGAGAUAUUGUACUUACCUGUGUUACACAUCAGUAACAUUAUUUAAACUGAAAGGAUUUAAACAAUGAAUGUACUUUGAUUUUGUUUGGUUUUUUAGCAGACUAACUUCCCAGCUCUUAUUUCUUACGGCUUUUUGACAAGGCAGGAAUUGUUUGACAUAUGUAUUAAACAGCUCUUAAUGAUUCCUGAUGGACCCUAAUGUUAAAAGCAUUUAUAAGAACAAUGUCUUUUGUAAAGUUGACUCAAAAAUGUUUAAUUUGCUUCUCUUGGAAUCAUCAGUAGAUUUGAUAUUUGUACAAACUUGCUAUUUAAAAUGAAGAGGAAGGAGAAACUAAGAGUGCCAUAUUAACAUAUCAGUAAAGUCUUCUGUAAGAUUAGAUGAUCAAUGGUAAUGCUCAGGCCAUUUCAUCAGCAGCAAGAGCACUCUUAAAUGGUAGUUAUGGUGUGGUCAAUGCCAAUGAACAGACUUACUUUAAAACUACAAAGAAAUAAGAAACUGUUUCCUCACCCCCAUGUGCACGGUUUUUCUUGUUGUCCUGGACACCUUUGAUCUAUAGUCUGUUUUAAAAUAUUUUAACCUUCAAAUUAUAGUCCAAAAAAUUUUUCAUUAUACUUUCUUGUCAGAAAUUCAGCUUAAAGCAUGAUAUAAUAUUCUCAGAGAAAGGAACUUUUGAAAGAUAUUUCUUCUUGUUCAAAGGGAAAUAGAAUAAUUACCAUAGUUGGCACCUUAUACAGUGCACAGCUACACAACUCAGAUUCUAAACUACUGGGGAAAAAUAUUUUUCUAGUGAGAAUUGGAAGCUGAUGCUCCUUAGUAUAUUGCUUUAAUUUUAGUUCUUUGGAAAGAAACUCCAUCAAGAAAUUGUUUGAAUUAAUUGAAAGUUCAGUGCUUUCCUAUGAACACAAAACUUUGUAUUGUAGCUAUUUUACCUGGCAGAGACACAAUCUAUUCUCAGUUAUAAAUAUGCAGCCCUGUUUACUUCAUUUGAGUUGCAUGCUUGUAAACGAAAGAUUUGGCUUUAAGAGGUGUGGGGCUUUGGUUUUGUUUAACACUAGAGUGCUGAACUAAAAUUGUAACCAUUCAGUU